GACAAACUUCGCAUGAUGGUCUGGUCUCAGCAGUCGCAGUGUCAGCCCAGCCUCCUCGGGGUUAACAGCAGUGGCGUGUGGAUCACCUCUGAGAAAAAUGAGUUUCAUGUGGCAAAGGGAAAUCUUAUAGGUACAUACUGGCACCACAUUGUACCACGUGGCACAGCUUCCACCACCAAGUGGAUAAACGUCUUUGCAUCUCCCUCCCCGAGCAGUGAAGGAAAUGUUCUCUGGAUUUCUCAGAGUAGGAAAGAUCUUUUCUGUCUGAGUGAUCUGACUACGCCAUACAGACCUUCCACCGUCCAGCUUCCACCAGACACCGAGAUGGUCCACAUGUCAGCCUGUGCGGAUGCUGUAUGGGCACUUGAUGGCCAUGGAGGAGUGCUUAUCCGAACACUUUCUAAAACCUGCCCUACUGGGAUGCAUUGGACGAGGCUGGACCUCUCUCAGCUGGGACCUGUGAGACUGUGCAGCCUGUCCUGCGGUAAUCAGAACAUCUGGGCAUGUGAUACCAGUGGAGUCGUUUACUUUCGUGUAGGAACCCAGCCAUUAAAUCCAAGCAUGAUGCUGCCAGCGUGGAUUAUGAUCGAGCCACCCAUACAGCCUGUAGGUAUCAACUUGAUUAGUGUCUUCUCCAGUCCCAAUGACCACAUGCUGUGGACGCUCGACAACAAGUGUAACGUUUACGUCCGGAUGGGAAUUACAGACGAAAUGCCUGUUGGGAUAGACUGGGAGCACGUACCGGGUUUGCAGGCGUGUCAGCUUGUUGUGAGUGUGAGGACAGUCUGG